AACCACAAGAAUGCAGUGUGUCAGGCAAAAGAGUUGCGAGCAGACAGAGGGCUCUUUCUUAUACUGUACGGCCCAGGAAGACUGAGAAACAGUGACUCGACUCCUCCUCUCACACACAGGCUCCAGGUACAGCAGUGGAUAUGUGCCGUAUGUGCUGUCCAUUGAGAGCAGCAGAUUGUGUUGCUGAAACGAGGGUUAUGUGAUGCCCGCAGAGACGUCUGGACUGACCCCUGAUCAGAGCCGAAAUGCCCUCAUUCCAUCACAUCUGUGAGAGUCAAGGCAGAAGAGACUAAAAUAGAGCUGGAGUCUCCAGAGGGACCGAUGCUGAGAGGAAUCCACCCAGUAUAAACACGGCCCACGAUCUCUCCAAUUCUCACAGCCACAAGAUAUGAAUCGUGAAAAGUGAAAGAGAAACAUCUCAUAAGCAAUGCUUUGUUCUUAGACCCAAAAGGCAAGGCGUUUUAUGAGAUAAGCGGUGUAGUUUGGGAUUAAAGCAAUAACUGUGUGCAUCAAGGAUUUUGAAAUUGUCUGUCCACCGUUUAUUACAAUUGGCUUGUGUGAUAUGUCCUCAGGAUGGGACUUGCUAUGACAUAAGAACAUUUAGCAGGUGUUGGAUCUGGAUCAAAUGGACAAUUUCUUGAUCUCUAGAUAGAAAUCCCAUGCUAAUUACUGGUUUAAUCGGAUCUACGGUGGCUUUACAUCUCAGAUCACAUUGGAUUUGAUCUCUACAAGAACACCAAAGGGAUUUUGAAGAACUCUCGCUGAACCAUGAAGGAGGAAAUCCUGCAGUUUUUCAGUGAUAUAUGGAACCUCGCUUCAUCCAAGCACGACCAGAGCGUCUACAACACGGUGUGCCUGGUAGUGCUUCUGACUCUACCGCUGGUUGUCCUCUUCACAUCUCUGCUGGUGUGCUGUCAUUGUUGCUGCUGUCGUAAUGCCAAUGGACGCCGGUGUUGUUGUCGUAAAGGGGAGACCUCGGUCACAAAUACGAAAACCGAAAAGAAGAAAAAGAAAAAUGCCAGCCAAAAUAAUGAAGACUUGUGGAUCUCCGUCAAAACAGAUCCUUUGAGUAAUGAAAGACUUGCACUGACUAUGGUGUGAACAAUUUUAUAUUUAUUUAUCUUUAUGGUACGUGUAAAGGUACAAAAGUGUUACAGCAGUGUUUACUAAAAAUGUGCCUGAAUGUAAAAAAUUCAAAAGAGAAUAUCAAAAGAAUUUUUGUAUAGAAGUAAAGUUUAGGAGUGAAUGAAUGCACAAGAAAAUGCUGUAUGGUGUGUGUUGUCCUGAAAGGCUUUCCAAUAACCAAUGUUAGGAGAAAAGGAAAUGCAUAUCUUUAAACAAUUUUACACCGCAAAAAGCAUUCUGUCUAAAACAUUUACACCGUCUGUCAUUUACACUGCAGGUCUUGAUGCCCAAAAUCCAGUUUGUUGACUAUAUCCUUUUUUUUUUUUUUUGAUGACCCAUAUAUGAUGUCUGCAUUUACACUUGGCAAAAUAGCCCAAGAUAGACGUACUGACCUGGAAAAACUUAGGCGGAAAAGGGAGUAAAAAUGGCACGAUUUGCAAUGGAGGCAGAUGAAAUGAUCAUACAAGCUUUUGAAAACUGUGGGAUUUCAGCACGACUCCACUGGAUUGAGCCUUCAUCCACCAUUUCGUCAUUGAAAAGAGUCAUGUGAUCACAGUUGGUGUCCACCUGAGCUGAUGUCAUUCACCACCGUUGCUUUUUCAAUUGCAUACAACUCACAUUGACAGGAAUAGCUGAUCCAGGACAGGAUAUCUGACAGGAUAUCUGAUCGGUGUGCUUUUUCCAUGUUUCCAUGUUUGUGGGGCAUAUCUGAUCUGUGCUACAUGGGAGGAAAAAAUCAUAAUUGGGUCACUAGAACUAUGUAGUCUGGUAAAAGCGGCCUAACAGACAGUCAGUGUAACUGUAUCAGUAUUAUUAGUACUCCGUUUUUCUGAAUGAGAGUCAACUGAUUUGUUCAAAUACAAAGAUUCAUUUAGGAACGAAACUGUAGUUACCAUCUAUAUAAGUGAGUCUUUGAAUCAUUUACAUAACCAAUUAAUUCUAAAUUCAUUCUGGAAUGAAACAUACCACUGUUAAGAGACACAUCAGUUGAUUCUGUUUUGGCUACUUUUGGAAUUUGUUAGUUGGCAGAGUGAAAAUACAAUAUUGUGCCUAAAAUGUAAGUUACUCAAUAUGAAAUUCUCAUUUUUUGAACUGCUGUACACGCGCAACCAUAUGAUUUCCUGCAAUAUUCGGAACAACAGCACUUGUGUGAUAUUGCUUGUUUAACAUUUCUAAAAGGAUCAAAUGUCAGAAAUAUGUCAGAUUUCCAAAGAGCUUACCACAAUUUCAAAUGCUUCUAAAAGCUGCACUUAAACUAAAUCUUGAAUAAAAUCAUUUUCCAAAGUUGCUGUAAUAUACAGAUGUCAAAAAGUUCUAGUGACGCACUUAGUGGGUCGCAACCACUUGUCCUUCACUUGAAGGAUGCAAUGCAUUUAAAAUGAGUUGAUUUAAAUGGCUUCAGAAAUUGAUAGUUUCUGUACAAAACAAUUUUUCUAUAAAUAUAACCUGCCUUUCUUUCUGUGAUGAUUCGCCAGAGAAAACCAUUAUUUUGCCUGAGAAACCAUUAUUUAAGUGUGUGUGUGUGUGUGUGUGUGUGUGUGUGUGUGUGUGCGUGUGUGGUGGUGGUGGUGGGGGUCUGUGUUGGAUCUGUGACGCAUAUGGAUGGAUUUACUAGAGAGCAGUUCAACAACACCGUGACACUGGUCUCAUAAUUUCCUCCUAAACACCUUCAUUCACAAUGCAGUGAAAAAAUGAUUAUACUGAGCUCAAAACUCAGACUGAUAGAUACACCAUCAUCAUCACAGUUGUGUGUAACUGAGCUUGCUGAUAAACAAACUUUGAUCUUCUUGCACUUUUUCAGAUGCUGGGAUGUUUGCAGUGCCAUAAUUAGAUGUUUAUGUGGUACUUCAACACAUUCUGAUUAGGCAUGCAUGUCAGAAAGUCAUGCAUUAACAGUCAUUGUGUUCUUUUUUUCACUUAACUGCUGUGUUUCAAUACCAUGCAUUUCGGGUAAAGCAACCACUGAAUUAUUCAUUAUGUAAUCAGUGAGGUUGGAUCAUACUUGUCCUUCAUUGAUUUUGGUUUCUGGUACAGCUAGAUCAAAGGAGAAUGUUUCAUUUGUUUGAACAAUGAAGCUGUCAAGUUCUGUUUCCUGCACUCUCGUUCAACAUAUGUGAUAGCAAAGCUUUGAUCAGCCUAGUUCUGCAUGAAAAUGAGUGCCAAUUUGUAUGAAUAUGCUGAAGCAGCAUUGUCUUACUCUGUUGCGAUGCAGGUUGAUGCGUGCAGAUUUUUUCAGCCUUGUCUUUUUUUUUUUUUUUGAAGUGCAAAAUUAAAUAAAAUUAUUUUUUAUA